GUCAAAUAUCUUGAGAAUCAGGAGACCAAGUUUGACCUUUGACCCGAAGCAGUUCACUUCUGACCCCUUGCCGCGACGAAAGAGAACAAAGCAGCCCGAGUCCCUGUUCCUUUACGCGAAGAGAAAACCCGUCAUAGGAAGCAGGACGAACAUGGCAACGUCAGGAUAUGGGUCUCACACCGAAGUAGACCAUAAUCGCCAUCAUGGGUAUCCCACCGAGGUUUGUCAUAUUGACAACGACCCAACAUCAAGCAAUGCAAACGAUCAGGCAGCAGACCAAAAUUUCAACUUGCAUAGUGCUAGUGAGCAUGCAGGAGAAAAGCCCUACAAAUGUGUCCAGUGUGAUUAUUCUACAGCAGAGAAAGGCAAUUUGGCCAGACAUGUUAGAACAAAGCACACUGGUGACAAACGCUACAUGUGUGGGGAGUGUGGGUACAGGGUGGCUGAAAAGUCUAAGUUGUCCAGACAUAUGAAAAUCCAUACAGGAGAGAGGUCCUACAAGUGUGACCAGUGCGACUAUUCUGCAGCACGGAAAUACCAGUUGGACCAGCAUCGUACAAAACAUACCGGUGAGAAACCCUACAUGUGUGGGGAGUGUGGGUACAGGACAGUUCAAAGGUCUAAGUUAUCCCGACAUAUGAGAAUCCAUACUGGAGAGAAACCCUUUAAGUGUGACCAGUGUGACUAUUCUGCAGCAAGGAAAGUCACUUUGGUUACUCAUCAAGCAACUCACACCGGGGACAAACCCUACAUGUGUGGAGAGUGUGGGUUCAGAACAGCUCAAAGGUCUAAGUUAUCCCGACAUAUGAGAACCCAUACUGGAGAGAAACCCUACAAGUGUGACCAGUGCGAGUAUUCUGCAGCAGAGAAAUCAAGUUUGAACAACCAUUUAGCAAAGCACACCGGCGAGAAACCAUACAUGUGUGGAGAGUGUGGGUACAGGACAGCUCGGAAGUCAUCCUUGUCUAGACACAUGAGAACCCAUACAAGAGAAUGACCAAACAAGGAUAAUCUGUCAGACUUGACAGUUACUAUAUCGUCUGUUUUUUCCAGUGCUUUACAAAGCACAAGCGGAAAACCUACAUGUGUGGGGAGUGUGGGUACAGAACAACUCAGAAAUCUAAGUUAUCAACGCAUAUGCGAACCCACACUUGAGAAAAACCUUACAAAUGUGAUCAGUGCGACUAUUCUGCAACACCGAAAUCCACUUUGGACCAUCAUAUGGCAGCAAAACACACUGGUGAGAAACCCUACAUGUGUGGGGAGUGCGGGUACAGGGCUGCCCAAAGGGCUAACUUGUCUCGACACAUGAGAACCCAUACAGGAGGAUGACCAAAGAAGCUCGACAUUGACCAUAUCGCCUGUUCAUUAAGUUUUUCCAGUACUUUACAAAACACAUUGGAGAAUUCCAGUGUUUUCAGUGUCACUGCCCUGCAAUAUGGACCUAUAUGUGACUGAAUUUUGAUCUGAAACAUCCGUAAAAACUGAUGACGAACCGGCUGUACGGAGAGCCUGGAUACACGAUACGUGACAACCCUGUGUGACCUUUCUGGACAUUAAGUGUGCUUCCUACCUGACUUGUGAGACUCUCACUCAGAGAAGCCGUGUAGACUUGAAAUGUGAUCCUGCACAUGAAACUUGGCUUGAUUAUUUUAAGCUUCUCAUGUUUAGGAUUCGAAUGUCCACCAUUUAACAUAGUAUUAUAAAAUGACUUAAUAGAUGCCCAUAGGAUAAGUUGGAAGUUUGCUGUGUUUUUUUUCAAAUAGGCAAGUGUUUUUGUUACUUUGUUAUAUAUCUAACGUUUUUGCCGUAAUGAAAUAAUAUUUUGUCUUCUUACAAUAUAUUUUGUUUUGGACAUGUCUAAUCUGUGGUGAAUACCAGGAAAAAAUAUGUGGCACCAGACAAAAGAAACUUGUUUACGAUAGAAUUAUAGAAUGACUUCAUAUGAUAUAUCAUCGAUGCUCAUAGGAUAAGUUGAUACAUGUUUUCAAAUAGGCAAGUGUUUGCCCAAAGAAAGAUAAGGCAUCGAAUUGGUUUUAGUUACUUUAUUAUAUAUCUAACAUUUGUAUCGUUAGCUAGAUAUAGGGAAUAGUGUAUGGUCUACUUACUUUGAACAUAUUCUGGUUUAGAAAAUGUGUAACCUGUAGUGGAUACUGGCAAAAAAAAUACGCGGCCACACAAAAGCAACUUGGUCCCGGUGAAGUUAGUUUCUCUUUUUUUUUUUCAACUAACCUGCAGAUUAAGUGUUAAUGAAGGCAUAAAGCACACUACGGUAGAAAUGCGUAAUGGUAGAUAUUUAGUUUUAUAUAAACGUUUUUGAAACUUAACUAUUGUUAAGGAUGAAACUUAACCCUCUAAUCUAUGUAUUGCUAAGUUUGUAUAGUCUAUCAUGAAUAUUAAGCAUGUUGUUCUCCAUGAAGCUGUGUGAGAAGUAACACAAACCGUGGAAUACCGACCUUACUGUCUAUAGAAUAAAAGGUUUAACAUUG